AUGCCUCUUGCACAGACAAAGAGAAAGAGAGAGAGAUCUUGAAUUGCUUCGAUUGCCUAUGUCUCGACAACCCAAUUACGAGUUUCAGGAAUGGUGGAACAAAGAGAAAGAGAGGAAUCACGUAUUGUUCUCAGACAAAUCUGUAAACCCUAACUGGUCUACGGUUGAAAUCGAUAGCCCUACCAGUCUUGCUGAUACUUCGGUGGAGAAAGAUCGAAGCCGGAACGCUCGCCAGCUCUCCUGGGUUUAUAUUCUCAAAUUCCAACAAGCCUUCAAUGGUCUCAUCUGGAUCACCAAUGGAUUCGUCUCUCUUAUACGGACUGCCAAUCGGAGAAUCAAAUCGUAUUCACCUUCGAGGACUGAAUCUCGGCUUUAUAGGGUUAUUAAGGUCUUCUUGGUUAUUGUUAUUUUGUUACAGUUCUUUGAGCUCGUAGCUUACUUCAAAGGAUGGCAUUUCAGUCCCCCUUCAAUGGAAGAAGCUUUGGGUUUGGUCGAGCUUGUAUAUGCGACUUGGCUCUCUGUGAGGGUGAACUAUCUAGCCCCACCGUUGCAGGCUUUGGCCAAUGUUUGUAUUGUUCUGUUCUUGAUUCAGUCCGUGGAUCGGAUCAUUUUGGUUCUUGGGUAUAUCUGGAUCAAGUUUCGAAGGUUGAAGCCUAUACCACCAAUGGAGUUCUCUGGGGAUAUCGAAAACAAGAAUGCUGAGGAUUAUCCGAUGGUGUUGAUACAGAUUCCGAUGUGUAACGAGAGGGAGGUUUAUCAGCAAUCAAUUGCAGCAAUAUGCAUACAGGACUGGCCGAGGAACAGAAUGCUCAUACAAGUUUUAGAUGACUCUGAUGAUCUGGAUGUCCAACAUCUUAUCAGGGCUGAAGUACAGAAGUGGCAACAGAAGGGUGCAAGGAUUGUGUACAGACACCGUCUUAUACGCACAGGCUACAAGGCUGGGAACCUCAAAUCUGCAAUGAGCUGUGACUAUGUAAAGGAUUAUGAGUUCGUGGCAAUCUUUGAUGCAGAUUUUCAACCUGGACCAGAUUUCUUGAAGAAAACUAUCCCCUAUUUUAAGGGGAAUGAUGAUCUAGGAUUAGUCCAGACAAGAUGGGCCUUUGUCAACAAGGAUGAGAACUUGCUUGCAAGGUUGCAGAACAUAAAUUUAUCCUUUCACUUUGAGGUUGAGCAACAGGUUAAUGGUGUAUUUAUCAAUUUUUUUGGUUUCAAUGGAACUGCUGGUGUAUGGAGGAUCAAAGCUCUAGAAGAAUGUGGUGGUUGGUUGGAAAGAACAACUGUUGAGGACAUGGAUAUUGCUGUCCGUGCUCAUCUUUGUGGGUGGAAGUUCAUAUAUCUAAAUGAUGUUAAGAGCCUUUGUGAACUCCCAGAGUCCUAUGAGGCAUACAAGAAACAGCAGCACCGCUGGCAUUCAGGUCCAAUGCAGCUGUUCCGGUUAUGCUUCUUUGACAUCCUUCGCUCAAAGAUUAGUUGGGCAAAGAAGGCCAAUUUAGUAUUGCUUUUCUUCCUUUUACGGAAGCUCAUCCUGCCUUUCUAUUCGUUCACCCUCUUCUGCAUUAUUCUCCCAUUGACUAUGUUCCUGCCGGAAGCUCAGCUACCAGCCUGGGUAGUGUGUUAUGUGCCUGGACUGAUGUCCUUCUUGAAUAUUCUUCCAGCACCAAGAUCUUUCCCAUUUGUUGUCCCUUACCUUCUAUUUGAGAAUACUAUGUCUGUAACAAAGUUCAAUGCCAUGAUAUCUGGACUGUUCAGAUUGGGAAGUUCCUAUGAGUGGGUAGUUACUAAGAAGUUGGGAAGAUCAUCGGAGACAGAUUUAAUUGCCUUUGCUGAAAAGGAAUCUGAUCCUCAAGCAGAAAUGAACAGUCUCCACAGGGCCUCUUCGGAUUCAGGCCUCUCUGAGCUGAACAAAAUAGAGUCGAGGAAAAAAACCAGCAAGAAGAAGAGGAACCGUUUGUACAGGAAGGAACUUGCCCUUGCAUUUAUUUUGUUAACCGCUUCUGUGAGAAGCUUAUUGUCCUCCCAGGGGAUUCACUUCUACUUCCUAUUGUUUCAAGGGAUCACAUUCCUUGUAGUUGGCCUCGAUUUGAUUGGAGAGCAAGUCAGUUGACAUUCAUUACUCUUUUCAUGGUGGUGAAAGCUUUUCCAAGGUUGUCUCAUUUAAUUGGUUCUCAUGGAAAUAGAAGACUGAUGAGAAAUCAAAUUGAGCACACUUUUAACAUCCAUCACUAAAGUUCCAAUAACCAGAGCCUUUGAUGUUCGUACAUUCUCUGGUGGUAUUGGCACACAAUUGAAGCUCCAAGGAUAGUAUAUCCAGUCUGCAAUUGCCUGCUUGUCACGUAAGCAUUCUAUUUAUUGACUGCAAGUGAAAGGAUUGUUAUGUGAAUUUGUGCCUAGUCACAGUGCUGUAUAUUGUAAAAGUAUGUCCAGGUCUCAGCAAUGGGAAAGAGGCUUUGCAAAAUAUACUGAGAGAGAGAACAAAUGUAUACUUUGUGCCCAGCCAGUGUGUUUGCUGUAAUUUUCUGCACAUUUGUUUGCCAUUUUAAACAAGGCAACCGGGGAUUUUUAAAUGUCAUUUUUUGGCCAUCAUUGAAUGAUUCAAUCAUAUUUGUUUUUGG